AGCGAGCCAAUAUGGCUUCAACCAGGCAGUCAAACAAUAAAAGUAUUGUGGCCUAAAACGAAAUGCUGAUAACUUGACGAACAAAGUGAUAAUAUGUAGAUAGUUGAAGGACGGAACUGCUAUUCGACCCUUGAUUUCAAAAGUGGAGCAAGAAUCAUUCAGCAACAGUCAAUCAGUCCACAACCCCAAAAUCACAAUCUUACAUAACAAAUCACAGCUCAUCUAAUACAUUGAAACCAUUCGCCAUUCCGAAAAUGGCGAUUCCUAGGCGAUCGGUAGCUCUGCUCGUAGCUGUAUUCAGCAUAAUCUCGUUGGUCGAAUCUAGUAGCGACACGAACCGCGUGUUCUCGCCGUGCGGCGACGCGGCGGUGCAGAGGUCCGAUGGGUUCACCUUCGGCAUCGCCUUCUCGGCUAGAGACUCCUUCUUCUUCAACACCUCCGUUCAGCUGUCGCCGUGCGACCACCGCCUCGGGCUUGCCUCCACCGCUCAGCUCGCGGUUUUCCGCCCUAAAGUCGACGAGAUCUCGCUCCUCACCGUCAACACUUCCAACUUCUUUCCGGAUUCUGUAGGAGGUUAUAUGGUAGCAUUUGCUGGUCGAAAGUAUGCUGCAAGGUCCAUUCCUGCCUUUGUUGCAAAUACUUCAUACAUCGUGACCAGUUUCACUCUGGUUCACGAAUUUAAAAAGGGGAGGCUUCAAAACUUGUACUGGAAAAGAGAUGGCUGCGCUUCAUGCUCAGGCAAAUCGAACUUUGUCUGCCUCAACAACCAAGACUGUGCCAUCAGAACUAACAGCUGCAAGAACAGAGGGGGAGCUGUAGACUGCAGCAUCGGGAUACAAGUGGCGUUCUCUGGCACAGACAAGCACGAAUCAGUUUUCAACUCGUGGUACGAGGUUAAGAACCUCCGCCAGUAUUCUCUCUUCGGCCUCUAUUCCAAUCUCAGGGACUCUCUCACUAGUCAGUACAACAGUUUCUUCUAAUUGUGGUGCUUCACAUGCUUGUACAUUUUCUUGUUGUAAUUGUGCGUUUAGGCGUGUCGAUUGAACUUCCCGGCUCUUCUCCUCCGCGAGUGUGUGGUUGUAAAUCUAUUAUUUUCUUCUUCUGGGAAAAUUAUUUGUUUUGAUGAUCAUUCAAGAAUAUUAUUUGGGACUUGUAACAGUUUGAAGCAUUCUUCAUUCAUCUUGUUUAUUUAA